AGGAUUUGUUCGUUAAAGAUGCAUUUCUAGUAUUCCGUGCACUUUGCAAAUUAUCAAUGAAACCAGUUCCGCCAGAAUCAUCAGUAGAUCUAAAGUCACAUUCUAUGAGAUCAAAGCUAUUGUCAUUGCACUUAAUUCUAACAAUACUAAGUUCGCACAUACAAAUCUUUACUUCAUCAAAUGUUCAUAUUAUUUCUACAUCUACACAUGAAAGUACUAUAUUCAUUCAAGCUGUUAAACAAUAUUUAUGUCUAAGUCUCAGUAGAAAUGCUGUUAGUUCUGUACCUCAGGUUUUUGAAAUAAGCCUUGAAAUAUUUUGGAAAUGUAUAAGUAAAUUAAGGAAUUAUUUAAAGAUCGAAGUGUUUUUUAAUGAGAUUUUUCUACCAAUUAUAGAAAUGAGAAACUCAUCUAUAAAACAAAAAUAUGCUUUAAUGAAUAUUCUUUCUAGAAUAUGCUCUGAUCCACAAACACUUGUGGAAAUCUAUUUAAAUUAUGAUUGCGAUCGUGAGGCUGUUCACAAUAUAUAUGAACGGUAA